UGACUUAAGGUGUAUUUCAUUGGUUUUAUAUUUUUUAUUAUUGUUGUUGUUUGUUUAUUUGUUUGAAAAAUCAAAAAACUGAAAAUUCUGGGUGAAAAAAAGAGGACACAAUUUGGUCAACAUCAAAGCGUCAUGUGCACAUUAUUAACAGUAUGUCUACUGGGAUUUUACAUAAAGUUAAUUACAAACACCAUGUGAUUCCAGGAGCAACUAGGGUGAUAAAUAUGCCACAUGAAUCAUGACACAGUAUUGUCAAAUUUGCUGCCUCAAAAUGCAAUGAAUCUUCGGUUCAGGGCAGUUUUAGACAUUUACGAGCAUCACACAAACGCAACACAUUUUCCCCAUACCCUUGACAAUUUCGCACAGUGGUCAUUUGAACGCAGCAGCAGCCAUCCCUGUUAACACCUCCUGUGUGUGACUAGAUCUCAAAAACAUGUGGAUGGGUGUGUGCUGCAUGGACUUAGCGAAGCCGCCAUGUUGUUACACCGUCUACAUUGACUACAAAAUCAUCAAAUCCUGCUAGCUACUGUACCUAGUGAGAAGGCUAGCUAGCAGCUAGCCGGGUAACCGACCUAGUUCAUAACAGCGUUACAUCACUGUGGAAAUAGCGGGCCUAGAGAAGCAAACGCGUCCCACUCCAUGCUGUAGGCACUGUGGCUUCGCUAACGUUACGACACACCUAACUACAACAAGAGAGCGAAAGCUGCGGUGACUUUGCAAUUUCGUUUUUCCCAAGGGGCUGUCAAGACCCGACUGGUUUCAUCGUGCCCUGGCAAAGCCGACGAGAUUAACCGCUGCGCAACACUGGCUGUCUGUCCAGCCGGGGGUGUUUGUCAUUUCCACUGGCAGAGACGUCAGGGUUUUGAGCCAAAAGAAGAGUAAUGUCCUGUCCAUGUACCUCGGCUGCCAGGUUGUUCCUAAACACUGCCCACAGAGGAUUGUCCUGCUCCCGGAUCCAGCUGUAUUCUCUGAGCCGUCAGGGGUCUCGGGAAACUCAUUUACCUCCCCGGGUACGGGUGAGGUCGUUUUCAGAGACUGCUGUCUGCUUUGCCGCUAAAGAUGGGACAACAAAGGACGGUGGAAGUGAUGGUGGAAAGAAAAGCAUCAGUGAGGGAAAGAGACUCUCUGGCUCUGGAGGAUCAGGCAAGGGGGGAAGCCAGCUCCGCUGCCCCAAAUGUGGAGAUCCUUGCACACAUGUAGAGACCUUUGUAUCAUCAACACGAUUUGUGAAAUGUGAGAAAUGCCAUCAUUUUUUCGUGGUACUGUCUGAAACGGACUCUAAGAAGGGGCUGAACAAAGAGCCAGAAUCUGCUGCGGAGGCGGUGAAGCUGGCAUUUGCACAGAAACCUCCCCCUCCUCCUAAGAAGAUAUAUGCUUACCUCGACAAGUAUGUUGUUGGCCAGUCCUAUGCAAAAAAGGUGUUAGCAGUCGCAGUGUACAAUCACUACAAGCGCAUCUACAACAACAUCCCUGCUGGGAGUCGACAGCAGGUGGAGGUGGAGAAACAGCCCUCUCUAACACCUCGUGAGCUAGAGAUGAGAAGACGAGAGGAUGAGUACAGGUUCACAAAGCUGCUGCAGAUUGCAGGGAUCAGUCCUCAUGGAAAUGCCCUGGGGGCGUCCAUGCAGCAACAGGCGAGCCAGCAGGCACCUCAGGAGAGGAGGGGCGGGGAGGUCCUGGACUCCACACACACUGAUAUUAAACUGGAGAAGAGCAACAUCAUACUUCUAGGUCCAACGGGCUCAGGAAAAACAUUGUUGGCGCAGACACUGGCACGCUGUCUGGAUGUUCCCUUUGCGAUAUGUGACUGCACCACACUAACUCAAGCUGGAUACGUGGGAGAAGACAUCGAGUCAGUUAUUGCCAAACUGCUGCAAGAUGCCAACUACUCAGUGGAGAAAGCACAACAAGGUAUUGUGUUUCUGGAUGAGGUUGAUAAGAUUGGCAGCGUGCCUGGAAUCCAUCAGCUCAGAGAUGUAGGAGGAGAAGGAGUCCAGCAGGGUUUGCUCAAACUCUUGGAGGGCACAAUCGUCAAUGUUCCUGAGAAAAACUCCAGGAAGCUCAGAGGAGAGACGGUGCAGGUAGACACAACAAAUAUUCUGUUUGUUGCAUCUGGUGCUUUCAACGGACUUGACAGAAUCAUCAGCAGAAGGAAAAAUGAAAAGUAUCUGGGUUUUGGCACUCCCUCCAACCUGGGGAAAGGGCGCCGUGCAGCGGCCGCCGCAGACUUGGCCAACACCAGCGGUGAGACGGACACAGUGGCAGAGAUUGAGGAGAAGGACAGGCUGCUGAAGCACGUCGAGGCCAGGGACCUGAUUGAGUUUGGAAUGAUCCCAGAGUUUGUAGGUCGUCUUCCUGUGGUUGUUCCUCUGCACAGCCUGGAUGAAGAGACGCUAGUCCGGAUUUUGACUGAGCCACGAAACGCUGUGGUGCCCCAGUACCAGGCUCUGUUCAGCAUGGACAAAUGUGAACUCAAUGUGACUCCAGAUGCCUUGAGGGCCAUAGCUAGGAUGGCUCUGGAGAGAAAAACUGGAGCUCGUGGGCUUCGAUCCAUCAUGGAAAAGCUCCUUCUAGAGCCCAUGUUCGAGGUGCCACACUCUGACAUCAUGGCUGUCGAGCUGAACAAAGAAGUUGUUCAAGGAAAAUCACAACCCAGAUAUAUCAGAGCUCCAGCCAAGGAGUCUGCAGAAGAGGAAUAUGACUCGGGCAUUGAGGAGGAGAACUGGCCUCGGCAGGCGGACGCUGCUAACAACUGAACCACGUCACUCAUUUCACCCUAAAGACAGUCUCUGAAAUCAUUAGAUCACUGAACCUUUGGAUACCAACUCUGGGUUUUACUAUAGCCCCUGACAAACGAGCCGUGGACACUGUAGUAGAGGUAAAGAAGGCUGGUGGUUUUCACUGAAGAGAGUUUUCAUGACGAACAAGUUGAGAGAGUGAAACAACCUUUGGUCCUGUGCAUCAGAUGUUAAUUCUCUAGUGGUGCACUCGCAGGGUGGACCUUUAUAAAAUAUUUCAAUCUCUGGGGAUUGUUAACAUUUUUAUCUAUAUAAAGAUAAUGCAAUUUUAUUCAUGAAAGGAUUUGUAGCUAGUUUGUUUGUUUUCUCUUUUUGUGGUGAUGGUGAUGUAACAGCAAGGGAAGCAAAUCGAAACUGUGGGAUCAUACUGUACACUUGAAAAGAAGCUGAACUGAGAAAGUGUAGAUGUGAUGUUACCAUGUCAAGUAAUGCCUUAUAUCAUAAGGGCAUAUUAUUCCAUGAGCACAUCAAUAUUUUGAUGUUUUCUUCUUUACCACCAUUGUAAUAAUGGUGUUCACAGUAUAAGUGGGCUCUAACCGUUAAGCUACGCUGCUUAGGUAGCAUUUGUAAGCAGUUUGUAUGAACUAACCUCUAAUUUGGAAGUGUAACACACCAGCACACUAAACAGAGCAGGUGAUAAACAACAGUGACCUUUUAAAAACAGCCAGAAUGGUUAUUUCUCAGUGUUCUGCUUCCUCUUGUAGCCCACUCUUUAGGGAAUGUAUCAGUUUUUACUUACAGACCUCUUUGUCACAGGACUGGAUCAGAAGGCUGUCUCUCAGAGCAGGAUUAGCAGCUCGGCUAACUAGCUGCUGUUAAUGAAAUCUCCUCUUGAGUUUUGUUAAGGAGUAGAACUCUUAUAACACACAGCACAUGACUGAAAGAUAUUUUUAAAUCUGACAUUCACACUUCAUUUCCCAGUAUCAGAUCAUAAUCGGACAGAUAAUCUCUUUCACACCUGACUGGAUGCCGCUCUAAAUCCUGCUUUGUUAGACAUGCCUCCGAACAGCACAAGUAGUUUUAAUUUUCUUUGUGCGUUCCCCAGCGUCAGAAACUCACCUCACCAUUAGUGAUGUAAUAUCCUGUUACUAAGUGGUAUCUCAAUACACACGUCUGUAACCUCUACCUAAAUGCUCUCUGACUGAACUGAACCACGCUGCUGUACUCUUUAAAGAUGCUGUUUGUGCUAUAAAAUAAGAUUAAAACUAGAUCUGUUCUUCC